AGCUGUCCAUGGAGGUCGGCCCGGGGAGCCCUGCCAGUGCCCCGGGCCGCGCCGAGCCCCGCCGCCACCGCCCGCCCGAUGUCCCAGCGGAGCGCUGAGCACUGAGCCCCGCGGAGCGGAGCGGAGAGGCGCCGACCGCGGCCCCCGAGCGCAGAGGCGAGGGCAGCGGCGAGCGGCCGCGGGCCGGGGCGUAUGGAGGGGGGCCGCGUGUAAGUACCACCCGGCCGGGCCGCCGCGGACUUGAGAGCGAGAGAACAGGGAAGCAAGAGGCGAGGAAGAGCCCGGGCUGGGAAGCCGAGCCCGCUUGUUUGGUCGACUGCUCUCCGUAGCCGCUUUUUUUUUUCCUUUUUUUUCUUUUUUUCUUUUUUUUUUUUUCCUCUCUCUCGCGCGUGUGUACGCGCUUCCUCGAAGACCCAGCCCCGGGCGAGGAGGAGGAGAAGGAGGUGGAGGCACAACGCAUGAGCGGCGGCGGCGGCGCCUGGGGAGGGGGGAUCGCUCGGGCACCCGCGGGGACUCCGCAGCAGCGCCCCAUGGAGAGGCACUGAGGGCCGAGCGGUGCCGCCGGCGCGGCGGGCUGGGGCGGGCGGCGGGAGAGCUUCGUUCGGGGCCGGGGGCGGGCCGGGGCGCGCGAGGCAGCGGCGAUGAGUCUGGUGGGCGGCUUCCCCCACCACCCGGUGGUGCACCAUGAGGGUUACCCCUUCGCCGCCGCCGCUGCCGCCGCCGCCGCCGCCACCCGCUGCGGCCACGAGGAGAACCCCUACUUCCACGGCUGGCUUAUCAGCAGCCACCCGGAGAUGUCCCCCCCCGACUACAGCAUGGCUCUGUCCUACAGCCCCGAGUACGCCAACGGGGCGCCGGGCAUGGACCACUCCCAUUACGGGGGGGUGCCGCCCGGGAGCGGCCCGCCCGGGCUCGGGGGGCCCCGGCCGGUGAAGCGCAGGGGCACGGCGAACCGCAAGGAGCGGCGCAGGACUCAGAGCAUCAACAGCGCCUUCGCGGAGCUGCGCGAGUGCAUCCCCAACGUGCCCGCCGACACCAAGCUCUCUAAGAUCAAAACCCUCCGCCUGGCCACCAGCUACAUCGCCUACCUCAUGGACCUGCUGGCCAAGGACGACCAGAACGGGGAGGCGGAGGCUUUCAAGGCAGAGAUCAAGAAGACGGACGUGAAGGAGGAGAAGAGGAAGAAGGAGCUGAACGAAAUCUUGAAAAGCACAGUUAGCAGCAGCGAUAAGAAAACCAAAGGGCGGACAGGCUGGCCGCAGCACGUCUGGGCGCUGGAGCUCAAGCAGUGAGCGCGGCGGGGGCCCCGCUCGGCGCUCCCCGAGGACUCUCGCGUUCGGAACCAUCCCGCUUAUUUAUGUGCAAUUUCUCCCCCCACCCCCCCCCUAAAAUGUGGAUAUUUGAAGGAGAGGGAAAAAAGCAUUCCAUAGAUGGCUAUGAAGAGGAAACUCCGGCUUGGUAAGGGGUAAUAACGUCUCUAAUAGUUUCGUGAAUGUUAUUUGCUGUGUAUAAAACCCACGGGGAAAAGAGAACCGUAGGGGAAGAGAAAGGAGAAAAAGGAAAAUCCCUCCCUGGCAUUAGUGUGUAUGUGAAGUGUAUCUUUAAUACUUGGCCGUUUGGAUAUAAAUAUUCCUGGGAUUAUAAAGUUCUAUUUCAACAGAAGCAGUUGCACCCGCGUUCGGUCGGCUCCGUAUUUCGUGUCGUGAUUUUGUUGUGGUUGUUCGGUAUUCUGAGGUGUUUUCAGCAGUUAUUGGUUAUGUGCACUUCCGUCCAUAAGGGAAAAAGUGGAAUCUAAUUAAUAUUGAAGGUGUAAGCGUUGUAAGUACUCAAUAAACCACUGUGUGUGUUUUUUUACGGAAAAAAAAAAAAAGAAAGAAAAUAGAGGGGGGGGGGGGCGGGGAAAGAAACCCAAAUCUUUUUAUGUUUUAUACCUCAAAAUGUUUUGAAUAACAGCGUUGUUUAUGGCUUUUUUUCAUAAUAUUUAAAAUAUUCGGAAGUAAACUAAAUUAUAAAGAUGGCUCCGAGGUUCGUUUUUAACCCAGUGCCCGAGUGAGAGGAGGGGGCGAGGGACGGCUCCCCCCCCCUUCCCCCCCCUUCCCUGUGCCUGCGGUGUUCUCCGGGCGGGGGGCUCCGCGGCGGGACCGGGGGCUGCGGGACGGGGGGUUCUGACUCCGCUCUCGGCUCCGCCGGCCCAGGUAAUGCCGUCCCGAGCAGGGAAGAGGGAACAGGGCCGGAGCUUUGCGCGGGGUGGGGAGCAGGACGGAAGAUUUACAGUUCGCUGAGGUGAGCUUAGCAUUAUUAACUUAGCGGUUCCCGAAGCUUUCACGAAUUACGUAGUCUUUUUUUAUUAUUAUUAUUAUUUUCAGCUCCUUCCACCUCUUCCGUGAUAAACCUCGGCUUGCUAUCGCUGCGCCCUCUAAACCCGUGCUGGCUCUCUCUGCAGGUCCGCGGCCGUGUGCCCGCCCGCCCCGCGCCCGAGGAAGUGGCUCCCGCCGCCCCCGACCGUGAGCGGAGGUAGAGGUGCGAUUGCCCGAGCCAAGAUCAGGGCGUCCCGCGCCGGCGCUGGGGAGGUUGCGGGGUUACGACAACGGGACCAAAGGGCCGUGCCCUCUCCCCGGCGGGUCAGGCGGCCCGGCCGUGCGCUCCGCCGUGGGGCCGUGCUUACAGCCACUUGCCUUUGUUUGUAGCACUUGCGGUGAAGAAUCUCCCCGUUGUUUGCUUUGCCCUGCCUGCUGGUGGCCGGGCUGAUGAAGCGGAGGGCUCUGCCGCCCCCAGCCCCAAUUCCCUUUCUGCCUUCCCCAGCCUUCUCUGCUCUCCAGGGCGUGGGGCUGCGGCUGGGUGCUGCCCUUCCCGGGGUUUUCCGAUCCGUAAUUCUCUCCUUCUCGAAACGUUCGUUAUUUCAGCCCUGGGAGUCCCCCUGGACCCGCUAAGAAGGAUCUCUUUUAAUUGCUCGGUAGUGAGGAUGUUGCCGUUUUCUCAGGAGCAGCCAUUCCUGGAGCUAAAUCACGAGAGCUCUAGACAGGCCGGAGCCGGCAAAAAGCUAAAUGGGGGAACGGGGCGGCAGAAGGUGAAUUGAUGGUAGCCGGGAUGUCAGCGCCCCGGCCCCGCUCUGCGAGGCGGAGGGACUGAUAAGAGCGCGAUCCGCGGCCUCGGGGCAGCUGUGUGGGAGGUGCGGGGCACGUAGCAGCAGUGGACCCGACUGUGGGCAGCGCGGCCGCUCCGCAACGCUUCCCUACGUGAUGCGGUGCAGCCGGUUGGGUCCAGCCCGGCUCUUGGCCCGGUUUUGCUCGUGGCUCAGCGUUCACCUCUAGAGAAAAUGAGGUUUGGUUUGAUUAUUUUUUUUUCUUUUUUUCCCCCCCUCCCACGUUGAAAAGAAACAGCAGUACUCCCAGCGGGCCUCUCCUCGGCACCCAUCGCUCCUUUGGUGGAGGUGCAGGCCGAGUCGCGGCCGCUGUCUCCCGGGGCUGCCCUAUGUGCCCCCCCGGCUGUGGGAUGUGCUUCUGCCGGCGGGACAGAUCGGCUCAACGACCGCGAUUUAAAAUCUGUUGGCUAAUUUUAAUUUAUUUCCCCCCCCACCCGCUCAUUUUCAGGAGCUCUUCUGUACGUCGGGAGCUGAUUGCAACGAUUACUGCUAAUUUGCUUUCGUUGUCACAGCGUUGUGACGGGCUCCCUUCUGCCCAAGCCGCAGACACCCCCCGAACGAGCACCGGGACACCCGCGGGCGCUGUACGGACGUAAACACGCCCGGGUGAUGCCACUGAGCCGAGGCGAUCCCUAAAGGUGGGCGGGGAGGAAGGGGAGAAGGUUAAUAAUAAAACCUCGAAGCAAAAUAUCCUCCUCCCGCGCUCGGAAACCCACCCUUAAUCCUCCUCCUUCACACGUACCGCCCGGCGGUCGCAAACGCGCCCAGGAGGAACCUCCAAGCAGCGAUGGGAAGGAAACGCAUUCCGCGCUCCUGCAGGCGUAAUCCCCUCUGCUGUAACGAGGGGCUUAUCGACGCUUUGCAUUUUUUCUUUUCUUUUUUUUUUUUUUAAUUUGAAGUACGGUUUUGGUGGUUUUUUUUGUUUUUGUUUUUUUUUUUUCUGUUUGUGGGCUCCGAAAUACUCUCCUUCGCCAGCGAAUUCCUUUCUUUUCCGUUUCUAAUUGGGCUUUGUUGCUUCAGACAACGGAGAUUUACCUGAGCUGUGCGUUCCCAUUAACUGUAGCCAAAGGGUGCGGGCCGGGGCUCCCCGCUGCCCCGUACCCCAUCCCGCCCCGCUGCCGUGUGCGUCUGCCUCUUCCUGGCGCUCCCCGCCCUCAUUUUCCCCUCCCGAUGUCGCCUCUUUGAUGACCCGAUGGUAGAGCAUUGAUUACAAAUUUAUUCUCGGACGCUGCGUAAGUCUUCAUAUCUGCUAUUAGAGCCAUCUGGGAACGAUUAGGGUCUCCCUCCCCCGGCCCUGCUGCCUCUAUCUCGCGGCGCGGAGCAGAAGCCGCGCUGACGUCACGCGGCCCGCAGCCAUCCCCGCGCUGGGCGAUAUCCCGGCGGUGCUCUCCGGCCCGGCGGCGGUGCGGUGCCGCGUUCCGAGCCCGGAGCUCCACCGCCAUACGCUCCUUUGGCACCGGGAGACACGAGAACAAAAGCCGCUGUCGCAGCCGGCCCCUCUCCCCGCUCCUCUCAACCCACGGCCCGGCACCGGCUUUAUCUUCUCCCGGCGCGGAUGCUCUCUUGCAAAGCAAACAUCGGGCCAGGUAGAUUUCCACCCUAUGUCUCGGCAACUGUCUCCGAAGCGCAGCGCUUACGUGCGGGCAGCCGCAGGCUCCUGGCGCGCUGGGAAGAGGGCUGCCCCCACUCGAACGCGCUGCUGCUGAUGCCAGGAGAUGGCCUUGCACCUGCUGAUACACCCUGCCGAGUACCGGCUGGCUGGGAGCCGGGCCGGCUCGAGGCGCAGGCGUUAGCCCUGGCUUUAACGUUAGGACCGGAGGAAACGGCCUCAGGUUGUGUCGGGGAAGGAGCAGGUCGGAUAUCGGGAAAAAAAUUCUUCUCAGAGCAGUGAUACAGUGGCACAGGCUGCCCAGGGAGUGUUGGAGUCACCGUCCCUGGAGGUGUUCAAGAAACAUGGAGAUGUGACACUGAGGAACGUAGUUUAGUGGCCGUGGUGGGGAUGGGCUGGACGAGAUGACUUUAGAGGUCUCUUCCAUCCCUAAUGAUUCCACGGUUCUAUAACUCAGCGGGACCCACAGUGCCACGCUUAUUUCCCCAAGCUUUUUACUUGACUGUUGUGUACGUUUCGUGCCACUCUCUCCGCUCUCCUCCCCCCCGAGGAGAUACCGCCAAGCCCUCCGUAAGGCGACCCGAGCCCUCGCCCGCUGUGCGCCGCAGCCACUGCUGCUGCCAGGGCGGGGCGGUGGGUGAGCGCUUGGAGCCGUCUGCAGAAACAGAGAUAACGGCAGCCCCUCCGGCUGCAGGGUCACGUUCUCCGGGUGAAAAAAAACUCCCUUUCCGGGAGGAAAAAAAAAAAAAAAAAGAAUAAAAUUUUUAAAACCGCCCCCGUGAUCCUAGAAAAUGAAUUAAAACACGCGCUUCCAUUCCUUUGUUCCAGCAAAAUGAAAUGAAAUAAAACAAAUCCCUCUGAGAUUCGGCAACGCUCCGCUGUGUCUGUGCGUAAUCUCGAAAGGAAAAGGAACGUUUCCUUUGUGAUUCGGUAAUGCCGCGCUCCGCUUCCCAUCGAGCCCACCGGCACCCGGAUUCGGGCAAGGGGGAGCGGUGCAAAACCAUAACAGUAAAAGGAAAGGAAAAUAUAACGCCACGGAACGAACCCGAGCCGGAAAGCCCCAAUAGAUCCCAGUGUGGCACAGCGCGGCCGGGAGCCGCCGUGUGCGCAGAACAAUGGGAGCGGAGCGCCCGUCCGAGCCGUGCGGCUCCCAGCGGUGGGCGCCGUGCAGAGGAGGAACGGACCCUCAGUUGCCCGAAGGAUUCGGGAAAGAAAAAUAUAGAUGUGUAUUUUAAUGCAUAGCAAAGAGGUGCUUUCCUGGCCGUGUACAUUGAGAGAACGUGAGGGGGUAAUGGGAGGACGACUCUCCUAUAGGGGUCCCUACUCGCAUGCCAUAUGUGGCCAUAGGCUAAAACAGCUGCGUAUGGUGAGCUUUGAAAAAGCCAAACAAGCGUGCAAACCCGUGGCAGCUUUCUAAAACGAGCCUAAAAGACAAUGAAAUGUUCUGCCAGAAAGUACAGGAGGCGGAAGAGAUUAAAAAUAAUCAUCAUAUCGGUCCGCCCUCCACCCCCAUCCCAGCUCAGAGCCCACGGCUCCGCGGCUUUGCGGGAGCGUUGCCCGGAGGGGGACCUCGAAGCCGGGCGGGGGGGGGGAGGGCAGCGCCGUGGGACCAGGCCGGGCCAGGGGGUGCGCGGGGCGAGCGGCCCGGCCCUGAAUCUCUGCCCCAAUACGGUUCUCAUAGAGACGCGCAGUAGUUACCCAAAGCCGUAACUGUCUCUGAAAUUAUUCAUUAAAGUCAUUCUCGGCGAUCUCACGGCGCCCGCGCUUACAUGUACGACCUUUGCACCGGCAGGGCGUGCCAUCGCCCUCGCCCCGGCGGUGUGCUCCCAAUAGCUGGGGAGGGGGCGGAGGGGGGGGACUCGGGGGUGCUGCCUCUCGCCCCGCUCGCGAUGUUCGGCUGCUCGGGGCUCGGCCGAUUUCCCCCUUUUGGAGGAGGCGCGCGGUGCAGCCCGGCAGACACCCUGGGAGCGAGGAGGGUAUUUUGGGGAGUUGCAGUGUUGUGCGGAAGAUCAUGUCUGUGCCCUGUGGUGCUGUCAGCAGUGACAGAUCCCAGACGCGGCCGCUACUGUAUGGCAGAUUGAGUUUCUCAGCAGAAAACUCUCCCUCCCUCCCUCCCUCCUGAACGUCUUCAAAAACCUUCUCCAGAUACUGCGGGUCACUUCGGCUCCAGCGGAGAGAGAAAAGGGGAAAAAGCCUUCCCGGUCUCCCACCUUCCCUUCCUCCCGCCGGCUCUUCCUGGGGCGCGGGGGGGCCGUGCCCUACCCUCCCCCCUCUCCCCCCCCUCGGGGGUUCUCUCGGCUCCCCGAUCGCCUCCAGUGCGCUCAGAGCCCGCAGCGGGACGUCUUCUUCAGCAUUAUUUGCAGGGUACAGAACUCAGGAGAAGUUGUAGGGGAGAGGAGAGGGCAUUCAAAAAACAGACCAUUACUUCAUAGAUCUUUACAAGACCCGAACAGGCCCACAUCUGGACUGAGGAGCGGAGAUGAUGGAGAGCGAGGAAUCGGCUGCAAGCAGCCUGCUUCACAGGCACUCCUGGAUGGGUCACCCCAUGCCUGCGAGCAAUGGGUCAGGGCAGUGCUGUCAAUAACAUGGUGUUGUAUGUAAAGCUGGGAGCACAGAGUCCCACACCGUUGUAUGUGCUCAGCAAAGCUCCCAUUUGCCUCCAGGAGAAUUCUGCCUAUGUAAGGACUUAAGAGCCAUUGCUAGGAGCUAAGAAAAGAGCAUUAUUAAUUCACUUCAUCGCUGGCUCAGUGAAAGCCAACAGCUUUCUGCAGUCUUGCCAAAAUGAAGAGGAGAUGGUCUGAGGUACAUGCAGGGUGAUUUUCAUACCGAAGGUGAGAAAGGAGAAAUCGUUUUAAGGUACGGUAACUUGCCGUACAAACGUGAUCUGUGUUCCCUCCCAGCUUUGAAAGGAGACUUUAUAAACUCUGUGGCCUUUGAUUUGUUAAGGCAACCUUAUACUUAUUUUUUUUAAUUCCCAAGUUUGUGAGAAAAUAGAAAGGAACCCUUGAUGUUCUUAUGCUCUCGAUUAUCACUUCAUUGUAGAAGUAUUUGCUUAAUGAAACAUACAGCAAAUAUUGCACUGUAAAACCUGUUGCAAUGUACUCAAUAUCUUUUGGAAUUAAUAGAAAAAAAAAUACAAGACUGCAGAAAAGGCACUAAUUUUUAUUUUAUCUAAUAAAAAUGUUACUUGACUGCAAAGCACUUUGCUUUAUUUUCUCACUUAUAUUGUAUAUAUUUGAAGAGAAAUGUCUGCUGCACGUCAUCUAUCUAACACAAAAAACUGAUGCUGUUAUUAAUAAGUUACAGAGAAAAAUAAACCAGUUUGCACUUUGA